CUUUGCGGUUUCCACAUGACGUGUUUCCGCAUCUGCGCAGUGGAGGGGAAGACGUCGAGGCGACACACAAGCAUGGCGGAGAAAAGCUCCGAGUCGAACACCGACAAUAAACAUCAAGAUUCGGUUAGCGACCCCGACAACAAUGACGACCACGUAUGUGAAAGUCAGGAGGCGGUAAAGACCUUCAAGGAUUUGGGAGUCACCGAGGUGCUCUGUGAGGCUUGUGAUCAACUGGGAUGGAAGACUCCCACAAAGAUCCAAGUGGAAGCUAUUCCAGUGGCCUUGCAAGGAAAGGAUGUUAUCGGCCUGGCAGAGACGGGAUCAGGAAAGACGGCUGCCUUUGCUCUGCCCAUCCUCCAGUCACUGCUGGCGUCACCACAAAGGCUCCACACCCUGGUCCUCACCCCCACCAGAGAGCUGGCCUUCCAGAUCGCCGAGCAGUUUGAGGCCCUGGGUUCCAGCAUCGGUGUCAAGUGUGCUGUCGUAGUUGGAGGAAUUGACAUGAUGUCCCAAUCUUUGGUGUUGGCCAAAAAACCCCACAUUGUCAUCGCCACACCUGGUCGACUAAUAGACCACUUGGAGAACACGCGGGGCUUCUCAUUGCGAGCGCUGAAGUUUCUAGUCAUGGAUGAAGCAGACAGAAUCCUUAACAUGGACUUUGAGACCGAGGUGGAUAAAAUCCUGAAAGUGAUUCCCAGGGACAGACGCACCUUCUUGUUCUCCGCCACUAUGACCAAAAAGGUCCAGAAACUAGAGCGGGCGGCGCUUAAAGACCCAGUCAAGUGUGCCGUUUCCACCAAGUACUCCACUGUAGAUAAACUGCAGCAGUAUUACAUCUUCAUCCCAUCCAAGUUCAAGGACUGUUACCUGGUCUCCAUCCUCAACGAGCUGGCUGGCAACUCCUUCAUGAUCUUCUGCAGCACCUGCAACAAUGCCCAGCGGGUGGCGCUCUUGUUGAGGAAUCUUGGCAUCACUGCCAUCCCUCUCCACGGCCAGAUGAGUCAGACCAAGCGUCUGGGAGCUCUCAACAAGUUCAAGUCCAAGUCACGCUCGGUGCUGCUGGCAACAGACGUGGCUUCCAGAGGACUGGACAUUCCACACGUGGAUUGUGUCAUCAACUACGACAUCCCCACACACUCCAAGGACUACAUCCACAGAGUUGGGAGGACAGCCAGGGCAGGAAGAUCUGGGAAGUCCAUCACCUUUGUCACCCAGUACGAUGUGGAGCUGUUCCAGAGGAUUGAAACCCUGAUCGGGAAGAAACUUCCUGCCUUCCCCACCCACGAGGAGGAGGUGAUGAUGUUGGUGGAGAGGGUCAGCGAGGCCCAGAGAUUUGCCAGGAUGGAAAUGAAGGAGCAAGGUGAUAAUAAAAAGAAAAGACACCGAGACGCAGACGACGACGACACCGAGCAAGCGAGCGGCGUGAGGAAGAAGGUGAAAGGAGGCUCGGGGGCGGGGCGAGGAGGCGGGAAGAAGAGGGGCGGCGCCGCCUGGAGAGGCGGACGCUGAGGCCAGCAACUUAACCCCAGACUGUACAUAACAACCACAUCAUCUUAGCUGGUCAUCUGGUCAGGUACUGCAACCUUCCCUCCGGACACCAGAGGGAGCUGUUUCUCUCUAAAAACCACCCAGUGCAUCUUUUUCAUGCUCGGAGUUCAGCUUCAAUAGCACAAUAUAUUUGUCACUUGAAGCUAUUAUGGAGCCAAAAGUUGCUUUCCCGUACUCGCUGGUUUGUGAUGGAAUAUCUUUCCAUCUUUUCUAACCCUAACCAAUACUAAAAAACAUUCCUUGACAAAAUACAGAAACUACCAAUAUGAAUCUUUCACAAAUAAAACAGAGAAAAUAAGGUCA